AUAUUUUUUUGAAAAUGCAACAAACAUUAUUGAUGCACGACUGAUGCUUGCGGACUAAUCAGUGGAACCACAUUCUCUCUUCCCAUACACUUCUCUCACUCUAUUUACCUUCUUAACCAAGCCCCGGCUGACAGAAAUCCUACCUCCGUCGCUUCUACGUCACCUAUCAACCGUUUAGAUUUUGCUAGUCGAUUUCGGUUAGAGUAGCAUUAUUUACGAUGUCAGGCAGGAAGGAAACAGUUUUGGAUUUAGCCAAAUUUGUUGACAAGGGUGUCCAAGUCAAGCUCACUGGGGGAAGACAAGUGUCAGGGACACUUAAAGGAUAUGAUCAGUUGCUGAACCUUGUUUUAGAUGAAGCUGUUGAGUUUCUUAGAGAUGCCGAUGAUCCACUAAAGACCACUGAUCAAACUCGUAGUCUUGGCUUAAUAGUUUGUAGGGGUACUGCUGUUAUGCUUGUUUCACCCACUGAUGGUACAGAAGAGAUUGCUAAUCCAUUUGUACAGCCAGAUGGAGCCUAAUCUUGAACAUUCACUCUGUGUAAUCUGCAAUAUAUCUGAAAUUAGCUCAAUUCAUCAGUAUUGAACAAAAUGACCGCUCCAUUGACUCUUAUUGAGCUUCACAUCGUACCAGUCUUUGAUCUAUCAAGUUCAAAUAUAUGUGCAUCCUGUAAUAUUUCUGCAA